UCGCCGGUAGCAGGAAGAAACUUAAGUGUACAGCAGGCUCAGCUGCAGUCAGUACGACUGCGCAGUGCUUCUACCGGCGCGGUGUAUUUUGGACUUUUCGGCUGUGCUGUCAUGGCUGCUAUAGUGUUUGCAUGAUGUAGGCUGUUGAGUAAUGUAAAGACAAUCACAGGAAACUGAAACAAAACCUUUGGAUUCCUGCUGCCCCACAACAGGGAGGAAUUUGACUGUAUUAUCAGAUAAAAAGGGAAGUCUACGUAAACUAUGGACAGGCUGUCAAAUACCGAAGGCUCCGCAGGAGUCAGAAAACCUUCUCGACCAGUAGGGUUGGGACUUGCUGCAUCCGCUGCAGACAGCGGGGAGCCUUUAGAAAGCCCAACAGGAUCACACGUUGAAUGGUGUAAGCAGCUGAUUGCUGCUACUAUCUCUAGCCAGAUUUCGGCUUCUGUGCCAGAUACCAUCUCCCGGGAUUACAGGGUUAAACCAAGGCCUGAUGUAAGGGAUAUUCUGGAUGGACCCAGUGGUUGCUAUCACUCUGAAGCUGAAAUCGAGCAGAAUCUGAGGGAUGGUAAUAAAGUGGCACAGAUGGAGGAAGCACCGCUAAUUCCUGGAGAAAGCAUCAAAGCAAUCGGGAAAGAUGUGAUGUACAUUUGUCCUUUUAUUGGAGCUGUGAGUGGCACACUGACCAUUACAGAUUACAGACUGUACUUCAAGAGUGUAGAACGGGAUCCGUUUUUUAUACUUGAAGUGGCACUUGGUGUAAUUAGUAGAGUUGAAAAAAUUGGAGCACAGGGCCAUGGAGAAAAUUCUUGUGGAAUUGAAAUUGUGUGCAAGGAUAUGAGAAAUGUUCGGUUUGCUUACAAGAAGGAAGAGCAGAACAAACUAGAAAUAUUUGAAAGCCUCAUCAAAUAUGCAUUUCCUCUUUCCAGUGACUUACCACUGUUUGCAUUCAGCUAUAAGGAGAAGUUUCCUGUCAACGGUUGGAAAGUAUAUGAUCCUGUAUGCGAAUAUAAAAGGCAGGGUCUACCAAAUGAAAGCUGGAAAAUAUCAAAACUCAACAGUAGUUAUGAGCUUUGUGACACGUACCCUGCCAUUCUUGUAUUACCAACCAGUGUGAAAGAAGAUGAUCUUGCAAAAGUAGCAGCUUUUCGAACAAGAGGAAGAAUUCCUGUUUUGUCCUGGAUCCAUCCUGAAAGCCAAGCAACAAUCACACGCUGUAGCCAGCCCCUCGUUGGUCCCAAUGAUAAACGUUGCAAAGAGGAUGAAAAAUACCUGCAGACAAUAAUGGAUGCAAAUGCUCAGUCUCAUAAGCUUAUAAUAUUUGAUGCCCGACAAACCACAGUAGCAGAAACUAAUAAGGCUAAAGGAGGAGGGUAUGAAUGUGAAAGUUCUUAUCCUUAUGCUGAAAUAGUCUUCUUGGAAAUACAUAAUAUUCAUGUGAUUAGAGAAUCAUUACGAAAACUUAAGGAGUCUGUAUAUCCAUUGACUGACGAUGCACGAUGGCUCUCAAAUGUGGAUUCAUCUCACUGGUUAGAAAAUAUAAAGUGGCUUCUGUCUGGUGCAGUGAGAAUAGCAGAUAAAGUAGAAUCUGGCAAAACUUCUGUGGUGGUCCAUUGUAGCGAUGGUUGGGAUCGGACAGCACAGCUUACAUCAUUGUCUAUGCUUAUGCUAGACAGUUACUACAGAACUAUUAAAGGUUUUGAGGUACUUAUUGAAAAGGAGUGGAUAAGCUUUGGACAUCGAUUUGAAAUGAGAGUGGGUCAUGGAAACGAAAAUCAUGCGGAUGCAGACAGAUCACCUAUAUUUCUUCAGUUUAUAGACUGUGUGUGGCAAAUGACAGUACAGUUCCCUUCAGCAUUUGAGUUUAAUGAAAUUUUCCUGGUCACCAUUUUGGAUCACCUAUACAGUUGUCUUUUUGGUACAUUUCUAUGCAACAGUGAACAGCAGAGAGUAAAAAAGGAGGUACAGAUGAACACUCUAUCCCUGUGGUCAUAUAUUAACAGCCAUUUGGAUGAAUUUACAAAUCCUUUUUAUGUGAAUUAUGAAAGUCAUGUUUUGUAUCCUGUGGCAAGUUUAAGACAUCUAGAACUGUGGGUGAAUUAUUAUGUCAGAUGGAAUCCACGAAUGAGGCCACAGAUGCCAGUUCAUCAGCAGCUGAAGGAGCUACUUGCUCUCAGAGCUGAGCUUCAAAAGAGGGUGGAAGAGCUGCAGCGUGAAGUUGGAAAUCGAUCCGUUUCUUCUUCCUCAGAAAGAGGUGCUUCUCCCUCACAGGCAUCUACUCCGGUGCAUACAUUUGUAUAAUACAUAGGAUGACCCCCAACAAAUAAAUGCCACAUACUUUUUCUGUUCAUCUUA